CCCAAGGUGUGCGCACCAGUGCAGUCCACCACCAGGUUCCGUCUUCGCGUGCAAGCCCCUCCCGUAUGGCCCACGAUGCUCACAGGUACCUAGCCUCCUUCCUCUCCAGACCCUUCCUGGGGUUCCGACGCAAGACCGAGCUCCUGGCCUACUUGUUCCUGUGCGUGUCCAAGAUGCCCUUCAUCCCGCCUGUGUUGUCGGCGGGACCGGGCGGCAAGGCUGAAAAGGCAGCGGCGCCCCCUAAAGAAGGAGCCUCAGUGAAGGAGCGCCUGGAGUCCAACCUCAGGCAGCUGGGCAAGAAGAGCCCACCCAAGAGCCACCUGCCCACAGCCACCAGGGGGCUACCAGAGCCCAGGAAAAAGGGCCCCUCGUCAGGGCGCCCCCCCGAGAGUAUCCCCGCAUCGAGCUCCGGAGAAUCCUUGGCCAAGAGCCAACAGGUGAGAACCCGAGGCAAAGCCCAUCCAGAGGAAACCCGAUUCACGCUGACACUAACCCCCGAGGCAGUCCUCCUGCUUCAGAGGCGCAACAACAACAUCAAUAGCGCUCUUUCCGGAAGCGUCCCAGACUCCAGGCGACCUAGGAGGGGCCACCACCCGGCACCCGCCCCGUCCCCACGGCUCCACGGCCGGGCGGCGGCCAUCAGGACUCGCUACGACGUGAGCUCCAUGGUGAAAGUGUCCCUGCUGAAUGAGCGGCACCGCUAUGACGACGUGGAGUACGAGGACGACGAGGACCAACGGGGAGCUGGGGUGGAUGAACGCGUGGUGCUCAAGUGCACCGAGUGGCUGCAGGGGCUUGAGAACGCACCAGUUACGGUGGGACAUGGAAAGACCACGAGUGUGAAAAGCUUCUGAACCCUGCUUUGAAACACUACCCUUGGUUUCAAACCUUGACAAGAGCAAGUUAACCGAGAGGAUGCUAAGGCUGCUAUGAAAACGCAUAGCAAAUAUUUGCUUCAUUUGGAAACCAAACUUGAAAACCUUACCCUGGCUAGCACACACUUGAAUCCCUCCUUUGAAUCCAUAACCCAGGGUUGAAACCUAAACUUGAAACUCUAUCCCUAACCCUAAUUUGAAAAAGAAACUUGAAACCCUAGCCCUUGUAUACAUUUUAAACCCUAACCUGGGCUUUAAACCCUAAUUUGAAAUCCUAACCCUAACCUUGGGUGGAAACUAUUGCUUUGAAAACCCUAACUAAGGCUCAGAGCCCUUUUUGCAAAACCAAAUUUUUUUUAAUUAUUUUUUUUUUAAAUAAACCUAACCAAGACUUGAAACCCUAACCCUAGAUAGAAACACUUGUUUGAAACCGUAAUCCACAUGGAUUCCUAAUUUGAAACCCAAUUUUAAACCCCUAAUCCAGGCUUGAAACCCUCACUUGAAGCCUGAACCCUUGCUUGAAACCCAAACCCUGUCUUGGAACCCAACUUUUAAACAUUAACCUUGGUUUGAAAACAUCACUUAAAACUCUUCCUUGGCGUAGAACCCUACUUUGAAACCCAAGCCCUGGCUUGAAACUCUAACCCUCAUUUGAAACCUUAAUGCUUUCUUGUAAACCUACUUUAAAACCUUACAAUUUGCUUUAAACCUGAACACAGGGGCGAAAGCCUAAGUAGAAACUGGCUUGAAACUUACACCUUAAUCCUAUCUUGUAAAACGAAUUUAAAACCCUACCCUUUGCUUCAAACCUUACUCUAAAAACACCAAACCUUAUUUGAAACCUUAACCCCAUGAGUCCAUUGCCUGGAAAUGAACAUUAAGCAAUGAAUCCACCACAGGCUUUUGCUUUGUUGUCAAAUUGAUCCUCAUUCAUAAAAGACCUACAAAAAUGACUGAAAACACAGUAACAAGGUAAUUUGCAUGCCAUGCCACUAGUUUGCGAUGUAACUGACCAAAACUGUCUUAUGAGCGUAAAUGUAGAAGUUUAUAAAUUGUUGUAUGUGCAUAACGUGACUGUUUGGAUGCUUUAAGCAGUGUAGUAAAUUUGAUGAAGACCUGGCACCAUCCUGUUCUUUGUGAUACACUUGCACAUUUUUAACACUUUCCAUGAAUUAUUUUCAGUGUUUGGACAGAAAUGAUGUCAUUUAAAAAAAUAAAAAAUAAAUAAAUAAAUAAAAAGUCAUCAGAUUUAGCUGUAGUGUAUACCCCUGAACAACGUUACUGUCAUUUAAUAGUGCUUUGUCACAAAAACCAAGGACACGUGGAGAUCUAAAGCAAAAAUGCAAAGAUUGUAGUAUUCAAAUUCAGCAUUGCAAACAUUUUCAGCAAUGACAUUUUCGUCGCUGACCAAAUUUUGUGACUUAUUUCUUUUUAUCCGAAACAAUGACAUUUGUAUUGACCUGUUGGAGCUUAGCAACCCCAAACUUCUUA